UUCUUUUUUGUUGCAUCUGUAGUUAAAGCUUUUUAGGAUUCUUUAAAACACUUUCGCGUCCCGAAUUUUGUUGCUUUUGUGUCAGUGCUCGACUGUGUAUGUAUUUUAUUACACUGGGAAAGGGAGGGAAUAGUUGAUGUCUGUGUGUGUUUACAUUGGCAGCGGCAUUACGUUUUUUUUUUUCAUGGCUGUGGGCGUGCGUGUGGGCUUACUUGGCUAUAGUUUGGGGACAGAUUUGUCCCAAGAAAUUAGCUAAAUAUGACAAAACCUCCCUUUGAGGUCAUAUGGUAGCAUUUGUGUUUGAAAAUAUACUUAUACAUUUUAUACAUUAUGCUUUAAAAAAACUUUUUUUAUUAGGGUUAGCCUGUAUGACUACAAAGAUUUAAGUCAAUAACAAAUGUGUCCGUCUGAGAUGAAGUAACAGUAUUGUGCUGCAGAGAUCCAUGGGAAAUGUUGUAUGUUGUCGUUGCUCUGCAACCCCUUUGCUCCGGCCAGAUGUUAAGAGAGAAAGAGAGAAUGAGCGAGCGAGGGAGCACGUCUCAAACCCCUGCCUGCCUCACUGCUUUCAAGAACAAUGUGCUUUCAGGAGAGCCUUCUAAUGAUCUCCGUCUAAAGGACUUUUGGGCACUUUAAGGUUUCCUGAAUCCAAUAGAGCUCUGUAUAGGCUCUGUAUGCUGAAGUUUGAGGAUUCAGGUCUUUCCCCCAGUCAUGGGGUGCAUGUUCUCUUUGCCUCAGGACAGACUGGCUGCUGCAGAGAGAUCUCAACCCGUUCGUGAGACCAGCUUUAUAGAGAAAAUGAAGAAAACCAACCGAAACAUUGUGGUGUUUUACGGAUCCCAAACAGGAACAGCUGAGGAGUUUGCUAACAGACUGGCAAAAGAUGCCCAUCGCUACGGUAUGAAAGGGAUGGCAGCUGAUCCAGAGGAGUAUGAUAUGACCGAGCUGUCUAGACUGAGGGAAAUUUCAAAUUCCAUGGCUGUGUUCUGCAUGGCGACAUAUGGAGAGGGAGACCCCACCGACAACGCCCAAGAGUUCUAUGAUUGGAUGCAGGGUGCUGAUGAUAGCCUGGAGGGGAUCAAUUUUGCAGUUUUUGGUCUUGGUAAUAAAACCUAUGAGCACUUCAACGCCAUGGGCAAGUACACAGACAAGAGACUUGCUGACUUGGGAGGGAAAAGAAUCUUUGACCUCGGGCUCGGAGAUGAUGAUUCUAACUUGGAAGAAGAUUUCAUCUCUUGGAAGGAACAGUUUUGGCCGGCAGUGUGUGAGUUCUUUGGAGUGGAAGCCACAGGAGAAGACUGCAGCAUGCGGCAGUUUGAACUGGUGGUUCAUAAUGACAUCAACAUGAAUCAGGUGUACACAGGAGAGGUGGGGCGUCUUGGAAGCUUUCAAACGCAGAAACUGCCUUUCGAUUCAAAGAAUCCUUUCCUUGCUUCUGUUUCUGUAAAUCGUAAGCUGAACAAAGGAGGAAACCGUCACCUGAUGCAUAUAGAAUUGGAUAUUUUAGACUCUAAAAUAAGAUACGAUGCUGGAGACCAUGUUGCCGUUUAUCCCACAAAUGACACAACAAUGGUCAGCAAACUAGGAAAGAGACUUGGUGUAGACUUGGAUAUCAUCAUGUCCCUCAAAAAUCUGGAUGAGGAGUCUAAUAAAAAGCAUCCAUUCCCCUGCCCGACCACAUACCGCACAGCACUGACACAUUACCUGGACAUCAACAACCUGCCCCGUACAAACGUGCUGUAUGAGCUGGCGCAAUACGCCUCUGAUCAAAAAGAACAAGAAAAUAUGCGCAAGAUGGCUUCUGCAUCUCCAGAAGGAAAGGCUCUGUACAAGAGUUGGGUUCUGGAUGCUGAAAGGAACAUACUGUCUAUUCUAGAAGAUCUGCCAUCUCUCCAACCACCAAUAGACCACCUCUGUGAACUUCUGCCCCGACUGCAGGCUCGAUACUAUUCCAUCGCAUCCUCCGGCAAGGUGCAUCCAUCCUCCAUCCACAUCUGUGCUGUGGUGGUGGAGUACGCUACCAAGACAGGAAGGGUCUUCAAAGGUGUGGCCACCAACUGGCUGAAGAAUCAAGUUGUAACUGAUAAUGGCCACAAGCCCACCGUUCCCAUGUAUGUUAGGAGAUCCCAGUUUCGGCUGCCGUUCAAACCCAGUAAUCCUGUAGUCAUGAUCGGGCCUGGAACCGGCAUCGCCCCUUUAAUUGGCUUCAUCCAGGAGAGAGCAUGGCAGAAGGAACAAGGGAAGGAUGUUGGUGAGACAAUACUUUACUUUGGCUGUCGGCAUAGGAACGAAGACUUCCUGUACCAACAGGAACUGGAGGAGUUCGAAAGGGCAGGUGUACUGACGCAGCUUAAUGUUGCUUUUUCCAGAGACCAGGACGACAAAGUCUAUGUGCAGCAUCUUCUAAAGAAAAAUAAGGAACACCUAUGGAAGCUGAUUCAUUUCAAUAAUGCUCAAAUCUAUGUUUGCGGAGAUGCACGUAAGAUGGCUCGGGACGUCCACGCUGCUUUCCAUGAGAUCGCGCAGGAGGUGGGUGGACUGACCUAUACUCAGGCUGUGAGCUAUUUCAAGAAGCUCAUGACCAAGGGCCGCUACUCACAGGAUGUUUGGAGCUAAAGCAACUGAUGAGCCAGUAUCUGCAACUUUACCUCAGAUGAUUUGUUUCUUCAGAGUACAGAUAUAAAUCACAGAACUCACUUUUUCUAUGUUUGCAUUUACUUGGACUGAUUUGUUGCUGUCAGUGUCUCUUAAAGUAUACGGAAGCUUGAGUGCGCAGGUCAGUAGUGCUGAUGUAACUGAAGGCACAUAACAGAAAGAAGAGUCUAAAAUAGCUUUUGUAAUGCUAUAUCAUGUCCAUUACAGACAGUAUUGGAUGCCCACUUAUGUGGUCACGUAUAUCAAAGUUCUAUAGCUUCUUUUUAAAGGGUUAGUUCACCCCCCCAAAAAAUCAUUGCCAUCAAAACAAAAUGCACUCCAAUGUAUGGACACAAAACCACGGACAGAUUUCUCAAAAUAUCUUCUUUUGUGUUCCACAGAAGAUUCAGGUUUUGAAUAACAUGAGAGUCAAUAAAUGAUCGAUUUUUUGGAGAACUAUCCCAUUAAAUAUGGCCUUAUUCAUAUAUAUUUUGUUUGACUGUCAAUUGUUAAACCCUGUGUUAAAAGACUACAAUUAUCACUUUUAUAUCCUUAUUAAAGAGCUUUAGAUUUCUGUUUUGCAACUUCUAGAAAUUGUUAUGUAAUGCAUUCACUCACAGAAAUCAACUAUUAUGGGAUGUUCAUAUUCUAAUCAGUGAAAGUUAGUUACGACUUUAAAAAAAAACUAUGGCAAGUUCCUGUGUGAGAGCAAUUAUGCAAUUGACCUGACUUCGAUCAGCGCUUCAUGAUGAACUAGUCUGUUAAAAUAUUCUAAACAACUAUUUGUUAAGUCCUUGACAAAUGUAUUGAGUUAUCCAUUUCCAUUGUAAAAGGUGAAGUUUAUGAAGAGAAAAGUGUAUGAAAGUAAUGUACAUUUUUUAUGAAUUUUUGGGUAUGCCCUAACUUUCCAAUGAUUUCUUUUCAAUUCAGCCCCCUUGUGAACAAAUGGUGCACUGCAUCAAAAUGCUGACAAUGUGGUAUGAAACAAGUUUCAUUUUAAAGUAUUUUAAAGCACAAGUUAUUUUAAAGUAUUUAUCAUGUUGAGGAAGAUAAUGUAUAUGUGUUAUAGGGACAUUUUGUGCAACAACAUACUCUCACGCCUGGUUUCACAGACCAGGUUUAAGGUUAGUCCCAGACUUAAAUGAGCUGUCUCAACUGAAAGUAACUUGCCCUAACAUAUCGUUUCUUUCUAUGUCCUUU